AAAAUGGCGUCCGCAGAGCCUGUGGUCCGCUGUGGCUUUUUACCCGUUUAAUUUAGCUCCGUGUGGGGGGUCUGUGCGAUUGGCAGAUGGACGCUGAUGCCAACAUGGCAGUGCAACGCUGCCACCCGCUUUCUUGAUCUCGGAAUCGAACUCGCAACUUGAUGUCCGACGGAGCCAGAGCUGGCUGGUCGAAGAGGGGUUGUGGAGAUUCGCACCGCCGAGAACCAGGCAAGCACAAACACAGGAAAUGCGAGCGGCCCCUUAGCGCUCAGCCGUCGAAGCCUGUGAUUGUUCGCCCGGGCUCCAAAAGGUGAUUGACGCUCAGAAAAGGGACUUUGUUAGCAUCUGCUGGACACAAGGGGCACUGUCCUCUGAUUGGCUCGGACAACCCCCUCUGACAUGCCCGUGGCCAAUCAGAGGUGUGUUAUGUCGGGGGCGGAUGUGGAGGUGUACCUGUCUCAGGUGCACGAUGGGAGCGUGUCGUCGGGCUUCAGGGCGCUGUACGAGGAGCGUCUGCUGCUGGACGUCACGCUGUUGAUCGAGGAGCACCACUUCCAGGCCCACAAGGCGCUGCUGGCCACCCAGAGCGACUACUUCCGGGUCAUGUUCACGGCAGACAUGAGGGAGCGGGACCAGGACAAGAUCCACAUGAAGGGGCUGACGGCUGCUGGGUUCGGCCACAUUCUCCGCUUCAUGUACUACGGCUCGCUGGAGCUCAGCAUGCCCACGGUGCAGGAGAUCCUGCAGGCGGCCAUGUACGUCCAGCUGACGGAGGCGGUGGAGUUCUGCUGCUCCUUCCUGCUGGCUAAGAUCUGCCUCGAGAACUGCGCCGAGGUCAUGCGUCUCCUGGAGGACUUCAGCGUGGGCGUGGAGGGCGUCCAGGAGCAGCUCGACAACUUCCUGCUCGAAAACUUUGUCCCACUCAUGAGCCGACCCGACUUCCUGUCCUACCUCAGCCUCGAGAGACUGCAGGCGUACUUGAACAGCGACGCUCUGAGUCGCUUCCCAGAAAUCGAGCUUUACGAAGCAGUGCAGGCGUGGCUGCGGCACGACCGGCGGCGCUGGAGGCACACGGACACCAUCGUGCAGUCCAUCCGCUUCUGUCUCAUGACCCCGGCCAACAUCUUUGAGAAGGUGAAGACGUCGGAGUUCUACCGUUACUCCAGGCAGCUGCGGCAGGAGGUCGAUCAGGCUCUCAGCUACUUUCAUGAUGUCAACCAGCAGCCUCUGGUGGAGACGCGCUCCAACCGCAUCCGCUCCGUCCGCCCGCAGACGGCCGUGUUCAGGGGAAUGAUUGGCCACAGCAUGGUCAACAGCAAGAUCCUCCUGCUGCAGCGUCCAAAGGUGUGGUGGGAGCUGGAGGGACCUCAGGUGCCGCUGCGACCCGACUGCCUGGCCAUCGUCAACAACUUCGCCUUCCUGCUGGGCGGAGAGGAGCUGGGGCCCGACGGUGAAUUUCACGCCUCCUCUAAAGUGUACCGCUACGACCCUCGACAGAACUCGUGGCUACGCAUGGCGGACAUGUCUGUGCCCAGGUCAGAGUUCGCCGUGGGCGUCAUUGGAAAGUUUAUUUACGCCGUGGCGGGCCGCACGCGAGACGAGACCUUCUACUCCACGGAGCGAUACGACAUCACAGAGGACCGCUGGGAGUUCGUGGACCCGUACCCCGUCAACAAGUACGGCCACGAGGGAACCGUCCUGAACGGGAAACUGUACAUCACGGGCGGCAUCACCUCCUCCUCCACCUCCAAACAGGUGUGCGUGUUCGAUCCGGGCCGGGAAGCAGGAGGUGGGGGCGGAGGGGGGAGCGCGGGCGGGUCGGACUCACACAGGACACGCGCUGGCCGCGGCCCGCUGCUGCCCGGCACCCACGCCAGCUGCUGGGAGAACAAAUCUAAAAUGAACUACGCCCGCUGCUUCCACAAGAUGAUCUCUCACAACGGGAAGCUGUACGUGUUCGGAGGCGUGUGCGUGAUCCUGCGGGCGUCCUUCGAGUCGCAGGGCUGCCCGUCCACGGAGGUGUACAACCCAGAGACUGACGAGUGGACCAUCCUCGCCUCCAUGCCCAUCGGGCGCAGCGGUCACGGGGUGGCGGUGCUGGACAGGCAGAUCAUGGUGCUGGGCGGUCUGUGUUACAACGGCCAUUACAGUGACUCCAUCCUCACGUUCGACCCAGAGGAAAACAAGUGGAAGGAGGACGAGUAUCCCAGGAUGCCUUGCAAACUGGACGGUCUGCAGGUGUGCAGUCUGCACUUCCCAGAGUACGUGCUAGAGCACGUGAGACGCUGCAGCUGAGGUCUGCUCCACCGCACGCCUCCUUUUAUAGAAACGCACCGUC